AUGGAUAUACAAUUAAUAGGUGGAGCUUAUGGAGUAGCUUACUAUGUGUGCAGCUAUAUAUGUAAAGCAGAACCAGAAACUUUAAAAACAGCCAUUUCUAAUGUUAUAAGAGAAAUAUCAGAAAUGCCAUCUUCUACUACAACUAGGUCUAGGAUGUUCAAGCUUGAGAGACAAAAAAAAGCUGUCAUUAGACCAAUUACAGCUCCUAAAAAUAGCCCAGAUUAUUUCUAUAGCAUUUUAAUGCUUUAUUUGCCUCAUAGAACUCCAAAUGACAUUGGCGACCCCAAUGAAAAUAUCAUGGAUAUGCCUUCAUCACUGUCGGAUUGUUUCACAAAAGAAUGUGGAAAUCUGAUUACAGAGUUUGUAACUGUUAAGGUUAUUGAUGUUCUUCCAUUAAUAAAUUACAAGAAACAAAGUGGAGAAACUGGUAAAAUGUUCACUGCCGCAAUCUGCGAUGCCACCUAUGCCUGCAUAGCCAAAGUUUAUGACUCCGAAAAAGUCACCACCAUACUACCAAAUCAAGUUCUCAUACUGGAAAACUUUUUUAUCAGAGACGGUGAAAUUUCAAUCACAAACAGAACACAUGUAUACAGAACAGGUGUUCCACUGAAAGUUCCAGAUGAUAUCAUGGAUAAAGCAUCAUCUCUGUUGACUGGUACAAAACACACAGAUAAGUCUCCAACUUCCAUAGUAGAUGCAGCAAUUAGUCCAAAGAAGACAAUACUGUCUGUGAAAGGAAUUGUCUACAAGACCAAUGAUCUAGAGAAAAAAACCAUCAGGUCAACCGGGGAAGAAGUUGCAUUUAGGAGAUUGAAGAUUAAAGAUGAAACCUCAAAAAUCUGUGUCGUCUUAUGGCGCAAACUGGCUGAGGAACCAUUCACUACAAAUGAAGUGGUCCAAUUCAACAACUUCCAAGUCUCAGAUACCUUUGGAACUGAUGGAAAAUCAGUUCCUUCAUUAACAAACAAACUGUCUAGCUCUAGUAUACAGGUAAUAAAGUUUAAAGAAAAAUGUUUGCCACAGAUUGAUAAUUAUACAGUAUACACUGCUGUUUACUUAAUAUUAUGA